AUGACCAAGCUGAAGAAAAUUCACCAACCUCCCGGAAGUCUCUCUACAUCGGAAAUAAAGCAAGCACGUUCUCAUGCUAAAAUGCACGGCCCUGGGACCAUCCCUGAAAUCAAGACGAAGCAUCGCGUACGCCUUGAUAUGGGGAAGGUCGACCACUUUGUAGAAUUCAUUGAUAGACCGUAUUUUUAUCAGGAUGUUUCAAAUGGUAACAAGGUACUCACCCUAGAUAAUGGUGACAGAACUGAGAUGCCUAACGUUGUAAGGAUCCUACCCAGGUCUACAAUGAUUGAGUAAUACUUGGAGUAUUGUAAAGAGCAAUGUCACAAGCCACUUAGUAGGUCUACUCUGUCUUAAAAUAUUGGAGGUUCGAGAAGCGUCUCAGUGUUAAUCGCUCCAGGGCUUAGACAAUACGGCUGCAGAUGGUGCUGGAGGCUUUCAGACUAUGGAGACGCGGGUUGAAACUCUUGAGAAAGGAGGAAUGCAAAAACAGUGGUGUCUACGUAUUUGCCAAAACCUACGCGAUGCUAAACGCUAUCUCAAAACUGACUACCGUGUGCAGUGUCAAGAGUAUUACCCUACUUGCGUUGACCACUGUAGAAAGUUUGCGCUUAGUGAUCCUGUUGAUCCCGAGCUCCGGCAUCCUUGUCCACAUCAGCAUCAAUCGACUUGCGAGCAAUCUCAAGGGCUGAAGGAUGUUCCAAAGGAAGUGAGGAUAGCGAUUGAAGGUCAUCAUGGAAGCCUUACAGUUCCGAACAACGAGAAGAUGUCCUUUACGACUUUGACCGUGCACAGUUAGACAUCUUGUUGUGGAAAACGCACAUCGUGCGCUCAAUAAAUAAGGAGAAGGUGAAACAAGAUGCACUAAAAUCAGAAGAGCCACAGUCAGCCAUUCUGAUCAUGGAGUGGGCUAUGAAGUUCCUCUAA